AUGAAUUUUGCAAAGAGUGGAGGUUUGCUUAAAUUUUCUCUCCAGAAGCAGGCAAGAUUUCCUGUUAGUGGGAGAUCAUUUGUUCGAACAGUCGCUGGAAGUUCGGGUAAACCUGAGUUCAGGUUCAAAACCAGGAAAAUCAAGACUCCUGAGCAAAUACGGGCAGAGGCCGAGCAGAAGAAGUUCGAGGAAGCUGUGAAUUCUGGCUCCUGGAUUAGAAAAUACGGCGCGAUCGUGGACACGUUUGAGUUCAACAAGAAGGCCACAAAGUACUAUUUCGCAUUGUACUUGGUGUUUUUCGUUUAUGGUAUCAGAUACUUCAGUAAGCUGUAUGAGAGAGACGUUGAGAAGAAGGAUUUGUUGAAUAAGAGAGAUUCUGGUGCGGAACUCAGCGAUUGGGAAAAGCUCAGAUUACGUGAACUCAGCGGGGAUCUGAUCAGAACCUCUGAUAUGGCCAAACUCCAUGCUUACCAUGUUCUUAGAGAGGAAUGGAAAAAGACACAUGGAAAGGAUGACUACUUCAAUCCUGAUCCCAAGGAAAUUGAGGGAAAGGUGGACACAAGUUUCCAGGAAUGUAUUCUUCCACCAAAAGAUCUGACAGAGUUCUACGACACUCUUGCAGACAAGUACGAUAGCGACGUUUCCACCGAGGAAAUGCUGUCGUUCAUGGGUUCCAAGAGAAAGUGGCUCAUGAAACACACAAAGGGAGACGUUCUGGAGAUCGCAUGUGGAACUGGCAGAAACAUCAAGUACAUGGACCCUGCAAAAUUGGAGUCCUACACGUUUUUGGACACUUCGUCAAAGAUGAUGGAGGUGACGUACGACAAGUUCAAGAAACAGUGGCCGGCAUUCAGCAAAGUCAAGUUUGUGGUCGGAAAGGCCGAAGACUUGCUAGAUAUGCAGGGUGAGAAGCCAAUGAAGUACGAUACCAUCAUUGAGACGUUUGGACUAUGUUCUCACAAAGACCCUGUCAAGGCCCUGGAAAACAUGAUGAAACUGCUCAAGCCGGGCGGAAGAGUGGUUCUGCUUGAGCAUGGAAGAGGCUCGUACGAUUUCAUCAACAAGGUGCUGGACCGUCGUGCACAUAAACACUCGGAGGCAUGGGGAUGUCGAUGGAACUUGGAUAUUGGCGAGCUGGUGGACAAAUCCGGUUUGGAAAUCACCCAGGAAAAACGGACCCAUUUCGGCACGACAUGGAUGAUUGUGGCCAAACGUCCUGGCGAUGUGUUGGAGUUCGAAGAAUUGGGUUUCUUCGAAAAGUACUUCACAACCAGCAAGACCAAUUUCGACUCUUCACUGCCUGAAAAAUAA